AUGAUUGAAGUAUUGUCUGCAUGUUCCACAAUAGGGGCCCUUGAUUUGGGGAAAUGGGUUGAGACACAUGCAUCAGAAAGAGGUUUACAGCACGAUGUUUAUGUUGCGAGUGAAUUAAUUGAUAUGUAUGCAAAAUGUGGGAGCUUGGAUGAUGCACUCAGGGUUUUUGAGAGUAUGCCUCAUGAAAAUGAGGUCUCAUGGAAUGCCAUGAUUUCUGCUCUUGCUUUUCAUGGGCAGGCCUUGGAAGCAUUAUCAUUAUUCAGACGCAUGUCAAAGGAUAAUGGCACUGUUCACCCUAAUGACAUCACUUUCAUAGGAGUACUUUCUGCAUGUGUGCAUGCCGGAUUGGUUGAUGAGGGCCGUCAAUUGUUUGAAUCAAUGAAAUUGUCAUUUGAAUUGGUCCCAAAAGUCAAGCAUUAUUCUUGCAUGGUUGAUCUUUGUGCGCGUGCAGGACGUCUGAGCGAAGCUUGGGACUUGAUCAAGAAGAUGCCUGGAAAACGAGAUGAAAUUGUGUUAGGGUCAUUGCUUGGUGCCUGUCAGAGGCGUAGAAAUGCAGAUGUUGGUGAAAGGGUCAUUCAAUUGUUUCUAGAGAUGUGGAUUGAUGUUGGAGCUCGUGCUCAUGAAUUUCAUGCUGGUGACAGCUUACAUCAUCAUUCGGAGAACAUAUACCAAUUGCUGAAUGAGGAGAUGAAGAGAGAAGCAUAUGCUGGACGUUUGAGAUUAGAGUAUUCAGAAGUGGAGAUGAAUUGUUAUGUGGAAUCUCGAGACUGCUUUGAUUCAUUAAUUUGCUCAGUACCGGGUGGUCAUCCAUUUCAAGUGGGGAGUGCCAUAUGGGCAAGGGUCAGCCCUGAAGGGAUUCGUUCUCGACAUUACCCUUUGAUAUUAGCUGGGGAACUCAAUCUAAGACAGCUCAAUACUCUCAGUUACUGA